UUUUUUUGCACCGGGGUUUUCCUUUCGGACUGCUUUCUUUUUUUUCCUUUUUUGCAAUUAGGAUUAUUUUUGCCUUGACCCUCCCGCGUCAUGCGUUUUUUUCCUCCUGGUCUGUUACAACGUGCUUGAAAACUGUUUCGCUUGUAACAGCCCAGAAGGUAUUAGCCAAGCCCUUCGUGUUCCUGUCCUGGUCCUUGUCAUCCAAGUGGUUGGCUUUUCUUGACGCUGCUUUGCCAAGUGGUCUGUGUUUUGAAGGAUAUAAAAUGUACCAGAGCUUGGCACUUGCUCCUAACCCUGGCCAGUCGGCCUACUCCCAUGAUUCCGGAAACUUCCUACACUCAACAGCAAGUCCAGCCGUGUAUGUGCCCACCAGCCGAGUUUCCUCAAUGCUGCAGGGCCUGCCCUACUUGCAAAGCUGUGACCCUGCCCACCAAGGCCAUCCUCUGGGCAGUCACCCAGGAUGGGGUCAGCCAGCCAGUGCUGAGACAGCCCACUUUAAUGCUGGCAGCCCUCACCCACCGUCAGGUUUUUCCUACACCCACAGCCCUCCCGGGGGUAGCAGCGCUGGUCGAGAUGGGGGCUACCAAGGUCCGCUAUUGCUGGGCGCUGGAGGGCGUGACCAGUAUGGCAACACUCUGGUGCGUUCGGUCAAUGGAUCAUAUUCCAGCCCGUAUCCUGGUGCUUAUGUCAGCCCAGCAGAGAUGCCCCCAUCCUGGCCUGCGGGGCAUUUUGAGAGCAGUGUUUUGCACAGCCUCCAGACAAGACAAGGAACUUUAUCCAGCCGGAGACCCACGUAUGAGCUUUUGGAGGAAUUUCCUGGUGAUGGCCGAGAGUGUGUUAACUGUGGGGCCAUGUCCACUCCGCUAUGGAGGAAAGAUGGCACAGGGCAUUACCUGUGCAAUGCCUGUGGCCUCUAUCACAAAAUGAAUGGCAUCAACCGGCCUCUCAUCAAGCCUCAGAAAAGACUGGAUGAAGCAGGGUUCUCCAAUGAAAUCUUUGGGUGGAAGGUAAUUCCAAGUCUUCAGAGGCCAGAGACCAUCAUCUUAGACAAGUUAUUUUUCAAGAAGCCAUUUCUGAAAGAAUCUUCAUCUCGACGAGCUGGUCUUUGCUGCACUAAUUGUCACACAACCAACACAACCCUCUGGAGAAGGAACGCAGAAGGGGAGCCCGUGUGCAAUGCAUGUGGAUUGUACAUGAAACUCCAUGGGGUGCCAAGACCUCUGGCAAUGAAAAAAGAAAGCAUCCAGACCAGGAAGAGGAAACCUAAAAAUAUCACUAAAGGCAAAUCCCCAACAAAUGGUUCCACAACUUCCACCACCAACUCUCCUUCCUCACUUACAAACUCAGAGAGCACUGUCACUUUAAAAACGGAACCCGCUGUCACAUCACAAUAUCCGGGACAGUCAAUAGUCUCAACUUCCCAGGGUCCAAGUCAUUCUGAAAACGCACUGGCGGACCACCACCCUCAGUUCAAGUAUGAGCCAGAAGAUUACACCUUCUCGUCAUCCACCAUGCCCCAGCAAUCGGGACUAAGCGUUGCCCCUCGUCAAGACUCGUGGUGCGCGUUGGCCCUGGCCUAGGCCACCCGUCUUCCAUUCUGAAACCAGGAAAGAUGCUACAAAGAUGCUAUCCCCCUUUGACAUCACUGGAGAGCUGACAAAGACUUCCCGGCUGUAAUCCUUUGGAUCUGCCAGGUUUCUCGUAAUCAGCAUGUUUCUCUGUUCCUCAAGGCCGAUACCUUCCUUCUUCUUCCCUGUGGAGGCUGCCAGUUGCAUGCAGCAUGCAGUCAGUUGCCGCCAACUCUGUUGGCCCUUUGAAUCUCUGAAAGUUGAUAUUCUUUCGCCAAUCAAAAGGAAGGGACUUGGGAGCUCCCACCUCAAGCACAAGUCUUCCUCUCUCCCUUCCCUGGAGAUCCAUCCAAAAGAAAUAGAAUCUAUGUUUCAUUCAUGGUGAUUCUUCUCUUUCUCCCCCCACCUCCUCUUUUUUUUUUUUAAUGACUCCCUUGUGUGCAAUUUUAUUCCACUUUCUAAUAAAUAUGGUAGCAUAUGACACCAAGUCAUUUAAUUUAUUAAAA